AUGAUCGGUGAAGAUGACGAGUUUGUCGAUGAUCAGAGUGCUUCGGACAGUGGCGUUGACAACAGCGUUAGUGAUUUGGGUAGCAGUGACGAUGAAGAUGAAGGGCAGGAUUCUCAAAACCCCGCCGAAGAAGAUCCAACGACUAUUAAUAGUCUUAUGAACAAUAUUGACAAAGACAAACAACAGAGGAAGGGUUUGUUACUACAAACAUUUUCAGCGGCGUCUGUUUACGAGCAAACACGGAUCUGGGAACAACUGCUCUAUGUAAAGAUUAAAGUACAUGCUGCCCUUCGUGCUUUUAAUCAACUUCCUCGAGGUCAACUGGCAAGAAAUCUCAUCAAGGAAGCAAAUGAAGACGUUGUCACUAGUCUAAGGCAUGCUCAUAAGAACGCUGUUAAACUAGCUUCGAUCUUAUUGGAAGCUGAACACCUUCUUUCGUCUUCACUUACAAAGUCACCCGUCGAAGGAACUGAAGACUCCAACAAUGAAGAAAUAGAAAGUAGUGAGGGCGAGGAAGAAUUUCAAGAUGAUUGUAGUUAUGAAAACGAUGAUGGCAACAUAACCGGAGAGCCGAGACUGGAAGAGCAGCAUGUUACGAAUACACCACAUGCACCAUCCAUAAAUUUGAAAUCAUUGAGUAAACGCCUUCAUGAAAAAGAGCAACAAUUUGUGAAGUUCAGAGAUUCAACCCUACUAAAAUGGGACGAGCGAACAAAGUUCAUCGUAUCCGGUCAUUCUAAGAAUCCAAAUAGUGAUUUUUCAGCGUUUGAGAAGAAUAACGUCGUCUCUCGAAUAGAGAAGGAUAGGAGGAACCGUGGAGGUAUUAACUUGUACAUUCUUUUUCAUUCUAACACCUGCUAUCUCUCUUACAACGUUCAGGCUGAAGAAGAUGAUGAAAUCUACGAUGACGAUGAUUUCUAUCAAAUGCUGCUUAAAGAAUUGAUAGACAGGAAGACUAGUAACACUCGUGAUCCUGUCGCUAUGACUAGACACUACAUUGAAAUGCAGAAACUACGAAGUAAACGAGCUGUCAAGAAAGUUGUUGAUCAUCGUGCUUCCAAGGAUAGGAAAAUCAAGUAA